UCUCUCCAUCUCUUCCCAUCUUCUUCCUUCUCUGACCAGUUUUGGGUCACCGAGAGAAAGGCCUCAGCUCAUAUUGUUUUCAUCGAUUUUCCUCUGCAUUUUCCAUCACUUUCUCGGGAAAAAAAAAACAGAAAGUUUCAGAAGAAUGUACUCGGGUAUUCGGUCGUUAUCGUUAGAUGGAUGUGUGGGGGAUUAUCAAGGGUCGCUUGAUGGAACCAACUUGCCUGGUGAUGCUUGUUUGGUCCUAACAACCGACCCCAAGCCUCGACUCCGAUGGACGGCCGAGCUCCAUGAACGUUUUGUCGAUGCUGUUACUCAACUCGGCGGCCCUGACAAAGCAACCCCUAAGACUAUUAUGAGAACAAUGGGAGUAAAAGGCCUUACCCUCUAUCACUUGAAAUCACAUCUUCAGAAAUACCGACUAGGGAAACAAUCUGCCAAGGAAUCAACUGAUAACUCUAAGGAUGUUUCCUCAAUUGCAGAAAGACAGGACACUGGCUCAUCUACAACAGCAUCUUCGAGAAUGGUUGCGCAAGACGUGAAUGAUGGUUACCAGGUUACUGAAGCUCUUCGAGUGCAGAUGGAAGUUCAACGAAAACUACAUGAACAGUUGGAGGUACAACGUCGUCUUCAACUCCGGAUUGAAGCACAAGGCAAAUACCUACAGUCAAUACUGGAGAAAGCUUGUACAGCACUGAAUGAUGAGGCUGCUGCUUCUACUGGUCUAGAAGCAGCCAGAGAAGAACUUUCCGAAUUGGCUAUCAAGGUAUCUAACGAUUGUCAAGGGAUGAUCCCUCUCGAUAACAUAAAAUUGCCUUCCUUGUCUGAAUUCACUGCAGCUCUAGAGAACAAAACUGCUUCCAAUAUGCCAACCCGAAUUGGUGACUGCUCCAUUGAAAGCUUCUUGACUUCCAGCAGAAGCCCUUUGUCACAAACGGGUGUCGGGUCACAGGCCGUUACAAUGAAAAGGCCAAGGCCCCCAUUUGGUAUCGGUGACCCUUUUCCCUUGGGUGGCAUAAGGCAAGAAAUAGAGUGGGUAAUGCCUAAUAUUAGUUGAGUUGUAAGACAUUUCCAUCUUAGAAAUGGUACCUUCUCUUAUUAUAUUUUCUUUUUGUUUUACUCUUCUGUCUAGUUAAUCUAAAAUGUAGUUUUUUUUUUCAA